AUGAACCACCAUGGCCAGUACAUCAACCAGGCACCAUCUCAUGUCACCUCCCAGAAUGUUGCAUAUCCUCAAAGCUCACAUCACUUGACCAACAUGAGCUCCAACAAUCAGGUCAUCAAUCAUUCCAAUGUCUACAAUACCUUUCCUGGCCCUGACCAAGUUGCAUCGGUCCUGCAGGCAGCUCAUCAUCCACUUAACCAUGAUUUAGUAGACUACCAUUACCAUGUUGGCAAUGCCUACUAUCAUGCUCCCCAUCCUGAAAUAUUUCACAAACAACCUGUCCCACUACCUUCGAGUCAUUCACAUGAUUGGAUGCAUGGUUUGUUUGAUGUAUGUGAGGCCAGUGACCAAUUUGAGGGGGGGCUUUCAGUGGAUUCACAGCCUGCCAGAAAUCAUCAUGAUUUUAACUGCCUGUGCUACCACCAAACUUCCAGUUGGCACACACUGUAUACCACAUCUAGCAGAUCCAACAAUCCCACUCCUCACAAUGUUGAGCACAGUGAAGUCUCAUAUCACAGUGCAGCACAGAGUGUGCUGCCUCCUGUGCCAGAUGCUCCAGGUCAGCCUGUGGCCCUGGUUGUGCCACCUCCCAUACCAACAAAACUGCCACUCCCUGCCCCAACAACACUGCCUCCUGCACCAGCUACUGUGCUGUUGGCAUCAUCUCAAUUCAUCCUCAUCCUCUUUGGUCUUGAAGACCUAUCAAAGGUCAAAUCUGCAGCAUUAUUUUGA